GCAAGUUGAUCACUAAAUUGGCCCUUUGUUACGUAUCAUCUCACCAUCCCCCGCUUCUCCCGAUCGCAUCAUCAAUCAAUCACAAACCUGGCCUACCAGUGACAAAUUUCCAAGAAUUCGAGUAUAUAUUUUCAGAGUCCUCAACAGAUUUGAAGUCUCACACACACUGCAUUCUUUUGCCCUUUCACUCAAAAGAUUGCAAGAUUCUCUUCAAGCAAACAAAUAGGGAAAAAUGGAGUGCGACGGAAUUCUCUUGGGGAUGGGUAACCCACUCCUAGACAUUUCUGCUGUCGUCGACCAUGAAUUCUUGAAGAAGUACGAUGUCAAGCUGAACAAUGCAAUUCUUGCCGAUGAAAAGCACUUGCCUAUGUAUGAAGAAAUGACAUCUAAGUACAAUGUUGAUUACAUUGCUGGAGGUGCAACUCAGAAUUCAAUCAGGGUUGCUCAGUGGAUGCUUCAAAAACCGGGUGCCACCAGUUUCAUGGGUUGUAUCGGAAAGGACAAGUUUGGGGAAGAGAUGAAGAAAAAUGCAAAAGAAGCUGGUGUUAAGGUUCACUAUUAUGAGCAUGAGACUACGGCAACAGGUACUUGUGCUGUUUGUGUGCAUGAUGGUGAGAGGUCUCUCAUAGCCAACUUGUCUGCUGCAAAUUGCUACAAGUCUGAACAUUUGAAGAGACCUGAAAAUUGGGCUUUGGUUGAGAAGGCCAAGUACUACUACAUUGCUGGAUUCUUCCUUACUGUUUCCCCGGAAUCCAUUAUGCUUGUUGCUGAGCAUGCAGCUGCCAACAACAAGUUGUUCAUGAUGAACCUUUCUGCACCAUUUAUUUGUGAGUUUUUCCGGGAAGUACAAGAGAAGGCAUUGCCGUAUGUGGACUAUAUCUUUGGAAAUGAGACAGAGGCAAGAACCUUUUCUAAAGUUCAUGGUUGGGAGCAGACUGAUAAUGUUGAAGAAAUUGCACUGAAAAUCUCACAGUGGGCUAAGGCAUCAGGAACACACAAGAGGAUCACUGUCAUCACUCAGGGUGCAGAUCCUGUUGUCGUAGCAGAGGACGGGAAAGUGAAGCUGUAUCCUGUGAUAACUUUGCCGAAGGAGAAACUUGUUGACACUAAUGGUGCAGGUGAUGCAUUUGUGGGAGGAUUCAUCUCACAGUUGGUCCAGGAAAAGCCGAUUGCAGAAUGCAUUAAAGCGGGUUGCUAUGCAGCAAACGUUAUCAUCCAGAGGCCUGGCUGCACCUACCCUGAGAAGCCUGACUUUGAGUAAAGGCGGCUAUUCAUUCUCUUGAUGGCUGGCACCAGCUUUUAUUUAUUUAUUUAUUUAUAUAAUUAUUGAGAUAGAUUCUUGGAGUGCGAUUCAUUGGAGACCUUAUUUUUCAUUUCACAAACGAGAACAAGCCAGCUCUCAAUUCUCAUUCAAUAAAUUCUACUGUUGUAUGUUUAAUGUUCAAAGGAGGCAUAUUUUGGAUAAUCUACACGAGGCUCUAUAUUUCUUGUCCAUGGCAUACUUUUAUUAUUCAAUUACCUCGGUGAUUAUAUCAUACUGGUAACUAGUGAUACUAUAAUAAAUGAACCUGGU